GGGCGGCACGUCACGUGACGUGCAGCGGAGCGCGGUUCGGCGGCGCGAUGGCGGAGCGGGAACCCGAGCAGGGUCCCGAGCAGAGUCCCGAGCGGGAGCCCGAGCAGGGUCCCGCCCGAGCGGCUCCUUCCCCCGGUAGCCUCCCGAGCGGCGGCCGAGAUGGGGCGGCGCUGGAGCGCCCCGGCGGCUGGCGGACGGUGACCAGGCGGCGGCGGUCGGGCCGCACCGCGGGCAGAACCGACGUGUAUUUCGUGAGCCCUGAAGGGAAUAAGCUGAGAUCGAAAAAGGCACUUGUGGAGUAUCUUUGGAAAACUGGGGAGACAACACUAAGAGCAGAAGAUUUUGGUUUUACAGGCCCUCGUCAGAGCAGCACCCGCUCCAGAGCGACAAGGUGCAGCACGAAAGCUGCGGGAACUGCUUUGGAGAAUGGGGAUUGUCACAGUCAAGUGCGAGGCCUCAGUACACAACACGGGGCAGAGGACAGAACUGGAAACAGACACCUGGAAGAUGUCACCUCUGCUCUGGAAAGCGAAGAUUUGGUCACAAAAGGCAUAAAGCCAGAGGACUGUUUGAAAAACACAAAGAAAAGGGCAAGUAGGAAAAGUGUUCAGAAUACGAAAACUGGAAGGAGCUCAGAAAAGAGGGAUCGAGAUAGUACCCAACCCAAAAGGCCGAGAAGAGUGUGUAACAAACAGGAAAGAGAGUGCGUUCAAAACAAGAAGCUCUGCAGAAGGACAGAGCCGCUUGCCGCUGGCGGUCGGGGUGUCGACGACCAGAACGCAGACCCCGCGGGUGCAGGAAAAACACGGGUGAGGGUCUCCAGGGCCCGGUCGGACACACGGCUGAGGUUGGUGCCGGCUCCUGAGCAAAGGGAAUUGGAGAGCCUGGCAGAGCAGGAACGUGUGGAGACGGGUUCUGAUGACGCAGCUUCUGCAAAGUCUGAGGAGAAAACCAAUGGGCUGCACAUAGGGAAAGAGGCGGACAGAGGGAGUCGAGGUACCCGGGACGUUAAAUCUGACGCUGGAAUGGACGCUGACGUCUGGCAGCCCUGUGACGAGAAGAGCUUCACCACAGUUAAACUGCCAUCAGAAGAGUCUAUCCCACGAACGCAAGUGGAUAGGAGGAAAACGAGUCCAUAUUUUUCAAGUAAACACAGUAAAGAAGCCCCCAGCCCGCCGAGGAGGAAAGCCCUGAGAAAAUGGACUCCUCCACGGUCUCCUUUUAAUUUGGUCCAGGAAACACUUUUCCACGAUCCAUGGAAACUUCUCAUUGCAACUAUAUUUCUCAAUAAAACCUCAGGUAAAAUGGCAAUUCCUGUGCUCUGGGAGUUCUUCAGAAAAUACCCUUCUCCUGAAGUAACCCGGGCUGCGGACUGGAAGGAGAUGUCAGAGCUGCUCAAACCGCUCGGCCUCUACGCGCUCAGAGCGAAAACCAUCAUCAAGUUCUCCGACGAGUACCUGAGCAAGCGCUGGCGCUACCCCAUCGAGCUGCACGGCAUCGGCAAGUACGGGAACGACUCCUACCGCAUCUUCUGCGUCAAUGAGUGGAAGGAGGUGCAGCCGCAGGACCACAAGUUAAACGUGUAUCACACAUGGCUGCGGGAGAACCAGGAGAGCCUGAGCCUCGGCUGAGCGUCAACCGCGCGUUGUCAACCGCGCGUCGUCAACCGCGCCCCAGCUGAGCGCAGCCGGUGCCCUCGCAGCGCUGGCUCCUGCGGUGGGUGUCCUUGCGGGCUCCUGUGCUCACCAGGGUCUUAAUUUGUGUGUGUGUGUAACGUGCCCAGCGCUGCUCAUCGCUCAUAGAAUGUGUAAAGUAUCUGUACAUUUCUAAUAAACGUAUCCGUGUUUUUGUA